CCCUGAUAUGAAGGCCAUGUGGUUCCUGUUCCUGCUUCCUUUAGUGGGAGCUCAAAUUGGGUCACAUCGACCAGAAGGUAUAAUGUACAGUCCUUAAUUGUUCUUGUAUAGCUACAGCGUGAAAGAAAAGGCAUGUACGGCAAACUGUUUAUUAAUUUUUACAGCAAAUGUGUUGGCUAUAGUCGUGAUAGAUUCAGCACACUUGUAUAACUAAUAUAUUGAGCGUCAAAUACUUAUCUCACGCUUGAGAGCAAAAGAUAAAAGAGAAUACGAUCUACAGUACUUGUUUCAUAACUGGGUUAGUUUUUAGGUAAGAAUAUUUCGCUUAUGUCGCACCUUUCUGAGUGGAUUUAAGUGGUGUUUUCCUUUAUUGCAAGAAAAACCUCAAGAUCUCACCACACGCCCACGUACUAUAAAACGUAAAAGAGUUAAAACUCUCUUUACAAGUUCAGACCGCGGCACCAACUUAAGGUACACGGAGUUUUUUCAAUAACAGGUUUUCCCUUAGCUACCGGCUUGAAGCUGGCUAGUGUGUAACGGACUGUUUCAGAGAAGUUUCAGUUCAGGGCGAUCUCAGUCGUUUAAGCGCGGUAUAAGCUAGGGUUUCUUGGUUAUCAUUCAGCAAAGAUAAAGUGAUCACCUGACGUGUGUUUCAACACUGAUCAGCUGGUACUGACAGUCAAUUUUCAGUGGUCACAACAUUAGAAGAAACAACUUAGCAAGAGCAAUAUGCACCUUAUUCAGAGUGUUAAGAAUAUAUUAGCACGAAAGUACUAACUGAGGACACUUUCUUUGUGUCUCCUACUGGAGACGGAUCCACGUUGUUACGUGGUAAUCCGAACCAUAGGCGUAGCCAGCUUACUUUCAUUUCCACAUAUCCUGAAAAUUGCACGCAUGACUAGUACUCACUGACCUCCCCAACACUCCCAGCUUUUUAGCUCACCCCAACAAUGCAUAAUUUAUUACAAGCAGUACAGUGAUCAAACCAUUGUAGGCCCGGGCCUACAGGUCUAUGGGCGGGCUACACCCAUGCGAGAUACGCGAAAGUCUAACCGUUUGCAGGGCAAAGUAAUUAUUUUCAUUUCUCAGUUAUUUUAAGGCCCCGAGUAUUGGUCCGGCCCCGGGAAUCGAACCCUCAACCUCCCGCUCUGCAGUCAAGCGCUCUACCGAAUGAGCUAAUCCUGCCGCGGUUGAUAUGAGCGCAAUGUUGUUUUCCUAUUUCAGAGAAUGUUGGUAUCAAUGACCCAAAGUUAUUUGAAGGUGAUAUGAUCCUUACGGAUGCUCAGCGAAUGGCAGCUAUGCUCGGUGAUGACGUCAGCAAAGCGGGAUUAGGCAGGGCGUCUAUUCGUAAGAAUCUGUGGCCUGGGGCAGUACUUAUCUAUCAGCUGGAUCCAGCCAUAGGUAUAUAUGAAUCAACUUAUUCCCCUAUGGACGAAGGCCUUACAUUAGAUAAAGAUUAGAUUAAUCGUUUAUUGAUUGAAAACACUCGGCGUUCGAUAAACUGAAUUACCCGUAAGGUAUAAAGGAUGGUAAAUGAUUUUCAAAAAGAUGGGGAAAAAAAAAGAAAAACAGGAAAAAAUAUGCUAAUAGAAAUAUAAUAUAGUUCCAUAUGCGUGUCUUGCUCUAAAACACGUCCGUCAAGUCAACCUCUUGUCUACGUAUUGCCGUGGCUGAUAAUCAAAGUGUUCUUACAUCUGUUCGUUCUGCAAACAGGGGCGUUAAUGACACAAAAGUUUUGUGACAAAGUGUGCUGAUUGGUUCUGGGAGGGAAAAGGCGCUAACUUGUGGUCGUUGUUGCUCACUAUUUUCUUGAAUAAGUCCGACGACAGAUUUUCUGGCCUCACCUGACUACCAAGGUGGGGAUGCCGGCUGCUUUAGGUGCAUCCCUUAAGCUAAGCUGAGUGAAUAUAAUCCUCAAAGCCCGCCACUGUAUCUUUUAUACUGUAUAAUUAUUAAUUAAACACUUUUUCUCUUCAUAACACCUUUCAAAAUAAUCACGUACUAAAAUAGGAUUACUACUGACCUAUAGAGCUCUCAAUAACUUUAACGCUUUCACUCCAAAUUAACAGGUACGGUACCACAAUGUUGCAAUUACAUUUUCUAUAACUGCAUUAAUUUUAUAAAUGGACUUGGCAAUUUUUUUUCCCUCAGAACGAAAUUCUAAAGCAAUGGCAGCUAUCAAUAAAGCGAUGGAAUUAUGGAGAACCCAAACUUGUGUGCGGUUCAAGAAAAGAACAAACGAAAAUGCCUACGUAUACAUUCACAUUGGCAGUGGGUAGGCUGUAUAUCACUUUGAUGCUAUUAUCCACUUUUUAAAGUGCAAGAUUUCUGUCGAACCUUUCUUAGGGAAAAAAUUAACCAUCAAAGCUUGCUAUCAAGAAAACGUCCAAGUACAAAGCAAAACAAAACAAAGCAAUAAACAGUAAACAAAAGUAAGACUUCUGGUUGUCCAAAUAUUUUUCGAUGUUAUCGUGAAAUUGUCAUCAGCGUGAUCUAAAAUUAAUGCUUAAGAACUUUUCUGUCUUGGGCUACAACUUUAGAACUGAGUAACAAAGCUAUUAUAAAAAUGAAUUGACUUUGCUUUUUCAUAAUGAAAUAAUGACCAGCAUGACUUUAGAUGUUUGGAUCUGCUGAAUUCAGAAUAACGCGUACGUUUUUUAAUUUUUCAGUUGUACUUCGCAUGUGGGCAAAACUGGACAAAGGCAAAUGUUAUCCCUCGCCAGAGGUUGCUGGUACACAGCCACAGUUGCACAUGAAUUCGGUAUGUUAUGCAAACUAACUUGCAUCCGUAUACUCAUAGUAAUAUUAUAUAAAAUGUCUUGAAUCUGAUUGGCAGAGAGCAAUCCAGUUAAAAAUAAGCACAGUGAAAAAAAAGGAAAUAUAAAAAAUUCGCUUUAAUUUAAGUCGUUUUAAUUAAUUUUUUUAAACGCUAAUUUUCGCGCCGUUAACUAAAUCAGUGGAGCGUUUAUUACUGCAACGUUAAUUUCCUCUAUUUUGGCCCUUAAUUCUCCAUACACUUCUGACAUUCUUAACAGCUAAGAAAGAGGGGUAUUUUAUCAGGCUGGAAAUCCGCCAGAAACAGUGCAACUGCGAAGAUCCCUCGAAGUGGCCAGAUUUCUUCGCUUGUCUCCCCUCGUACGUUUACAAAGUUAUACGUCUUACUUUGUUCAUGUCGCCUUAACAAGUUUUGUUUUUUUUAAAUUUCCUUUUUUUCAAAGUCGUUUUUUUUUAUGAAGCGUUAAUUUCCUAUAAUAAGGCAAUACAAUCUCAAAGCUAUAAAAUGCAAAUGUCUCGGAGAAUGAAGCUCUGUGAUUGGAUAAUAAACAAUAGAAAGACAUAAGAACCAAUCAGGUGCCGCAAUGAGAGUCCGUCAUUUCGGGAUGAUGGGCUCAUGUUUCGUAGGGCUCAAUGGCGGGCCUUCAGGAUGUCCAGUCCGUAGAGGUAAUUACUCGAACAGUGAACUGACCACUUGAAUAUUAUUGUUCUUUUUUCAGGUCAUGCCUUGGGCUUCUACCAUGAACAGUCUCGUCCUGAUCGCGACGAUUAUGUAAUAAUUAACUGGAAUAACAUACAACAAGGUUGGUACUAAUUCUAGCACAUAAUUUCCACAACACAAUUUUAGCAUGCGUAUUACAGUAAUUAUAUAAAGCCCGAACGCUUUAUAGCGUUCUGUAAGCUUCAAAGAUUUACUGGUAGUAUGAUGUUUUUUUAUCGUUUUGAAGACGGCUUAUCCAUUUUAUUUCAAAAAGCAACCACUUCAGGCUCGUAAGAACCUUUUUUUCUAACGAAAGAGAAAGGAAAUAAUUAACUUUUUUCGUGGGAAUAUGCAGUCGUCAGUUCUUUCAUUACGCAAAGCCUCCUUUAGCGAGGUCGAGCGUUGCGUGACAAGACUGAAAACGGCUGCGUGGUAGACUAAGGAAUACGAGGCUGUUUUUAUUCUUAAGUUUACGUAAUGGUCAAAACUAUUUUAAAAAAUAGAGAGUGCAUUAAUCUUUUUAUAGCGUCUUUUUGUAGGACCGGCGUUUGCAUUUAACAAGUAUCCACGCUCCAUUAUCGAUUCCCUUGGCACGCCAUACGACUACGGAAGCGUGAUGCACUACGAAAGUUUCGCUUUUAGCAAAAACAAGCGACCAACUAUUGUUGCUAAGCGACAGGGGGUAUUAAUAUUUCUUCCACAGUUGUAAUUUGUGGUAACUUGUUUAAUAUGCUUUAGGGAGGAACUGUUAGUCGUUAAUGUUUCUCAGGGUAAAACUUUUUACACCUUUUCCGUACAUUUCGCAAAAGAGAGAUCCAACUCAGUGUAUCUUUGACUGUGUAGGGUACAUACUAAACUAUCUUUCCUUUCGUCUGGCGUAUUAUAGUUUUUUUGUCGCACAUUGAAAACUGCUUGUGACGAUAUACAAGGUGCAAACAUGGCAAAUAGGGAGUUUUCCAUGUUAAGUUACUGACAUGAUAAGCGGAAACAUAUUUUGUUACUUCGUAAAAACAUGUUGCUUUCUUUCCUCUGAUGAUUGACAUCUUACAGGAUUUUCAUUAAUUUUGUUAUAGACCUAUUUCCCUGAUAAGCCGGUUUUCUGUCCCUUAAUUACUUGGUUUUAAGUUUUACAUGUUAAUUUUGUUUUGCUUUUGCCUUCUGUCAGUUUCAUAAGAAACCGUCGUUAACAUCUAUGAUAAAAUCCUUCACACCUACGUUUUUAUGAUUAUAUAUAUUAAACUCACUAGAAAUUAAACUACCCAUGAUUGCUGAUGGCUGAAAUACAGGAAAAACCAGUCGGACUAAGAACCUGAACCUGUUAGGCUAAAUUUUGCCAGUCCAAGAACCGGUAAUAGGUUAUUAUUUUUCUUUAUUUUCUAAAAUGCAUGCUUAAAAACAUUUUGUACACUUGGUUAAUAAGAUAAGUCGAUAUUCAGGAUCCUCUAGGUGCCUUAUUACGCCAACUUCAAUUGUAAUGGUAUAAGGGUUUUACCCAAGGUCUGAGCUAAAGUACCACUAAAUACUGUUAGCUACAAUGUAUUUUUUCUUUAGAAAAUGAAAACCUAUUUAAGAACCUAAAUAUCAAAAGUUUGUGCUAAUAAUUACUAUUUGUGUAAGAACCUUUUUAGAGGCUAAAUUGGGAUAACGCAGGUUCUUAGUCGCGGGUUUUUACUGUAUCUGCACUUCUUUGUUUCAAGAACUCAUACGUUUGCCGUUGCUUGGUUCUAGGUUACGCUUGGUAACAGGAAGGGCCCAUCCACGAUAGAUGUAAAGCAGAUGAAUUUGUUGUACAAGUGUAGUGGAGGAGGUAAGAAGAAAUUCAUAAUUUUUCUAGAAGCAUACUUAAAUACUAAGUACUUACUUACUUGCUUACGUCUGGUGGACGCCUAAAAGACGGCGGGAAGAAAACUGAUCCCGCAGGACUCGAUCUCUCGUACAACUUUCAAGAUCUCGAACGUUCUCCACCCAGUAUCCCUCAGUAGUGUGUUUAUAGCGGAGCACCAUGGGUAACAAAAUUUGGGGCGCUUUCCUUUCAACAAAAAUUCCGGUUUGAAAUUUCGAAAAUUCCACGUGGCAAUGGAACGGUCACAUUCCGGUUGCACAGACCUGACCCUGGCACAGGUGGCCCAAACUCACGUUACGAGCGAAGGGCGAUGCCGGUGUCGCGUUACAGGCGACCGUUGAAAACACGAGAGACUUUGUAUGAGAAAUAUAUUACUGAGAUCUGCAAACGGCUAAAUAACGCUAAAACGUUUCUUAAAUAAAAUGAAUAAAAAAGACUUACCUGCAAUCAGCUGCGCAAUGUAUUUCACUGCGUUUUGGUGUCUGUUUGUCGUUUUACUGGUUUUUUGGCUUUAUUGCGUAUCCAGUGUUACUCCUUUAAAGGCAAUUUUGGCGAGUUAAGACCCUUUUUAUAGGAUUUAUGGAGCUUCGUGCUGAGACGGUCGGCUUCAGACUCGAAAGCCUUCCAUUAUUUCUCAGUUAUUGUUAGUACAACUCAAAAUCUUAAACGCCGAUAAAACGGCUUCCAAAUGGCUCUAGAAGCAAAGAGACAGUAAUUAGCAAAACAAAACAAAGAGGUGAGUCAUUUUUAUUUCUAUUUUUUGUCAGAAAACGGAAUUUAGGACAUAUUUUGCUAUUUUCAUUACAUUUUCUUAAUGUAAUUUAUAAAUUCAAAGUCUAACGAACUCCCACAGGGUCUAGGCCGCCUGUGAUUUUAAUCAUCUGCUGCUCCAGAAGACUCUCAUCACGAAAAACAUGUCCAGAAAGAGCAAUUCUACUAUUUUGGAUAGAAGAGGUUACCUUUUAUAGAAUGCCAUAAAACUCUUGAGGCAUAGAGAAAACAAAAUUUUAAUAAAGUGCUUUAAUUGGUUGUGGACUACUACUUGUCGACUAUACUUCUAUGAUGAAUGACUAGGAAAUCUUUUCAUUGGUAUCAGAGAGAGAUGAUUCAUGUUUGAAUUCUCACAUGCGUGCUUUUGUUUCUCUGGUGAUGAAUUUUGUAGGUUGUGAUGAUAAGAAUGUCAACUGUCCUAACUGGGCGAAGAAAGGCUACUGCAAGGGCCGAUAUGAACGCUGGAUGUCAACAAACUGUCCAAAAAGCUGCAAAAAAUGCUAAGGU